AUGGGUAAAGUCAAAUGCUCAGAGCUACGCACGAAAGAUAAAAAGGAACUCUUCAAACAGCUUGAAGAGCUGAAAACUGAGUUAACCAAUCUUAGGGUUGCUAAAGUUACUGGAGGCGUUGCGUCCAAACUCUCGAAAAUACGAGUGGUAAGAAAAGCAAUUGCCAGAGUCUAUAUUGUUUACCACCAGAAGAUGAAGGUAAAUCUUCGCAAUCAUUACAAAAAUAAGAAAUACAAGCCUUUGGAUCUAAGACCUAAGAAGACCCGUGCAAUGCGUACAGAGGUGUACUACUACACGUGCACGGCUCACGCACACUGCGACAAGCGCGAAGCGGCGAAGCUUUAUGUAACUGACGCAACU